AUGGAUUCAAGCGAUGAUGAACAUGACAUAAUCAGACAAUUUCAAGCAAAACGGAGGCGAAUAGAGCGUUCAAAUUCAAAAGAAUUGGAUUUAGAUAUUGAUUCAGAAAUUAUUAAUGAACCAGUUUAUGUGCCGUUGAAACAAAGACGUCUGAAGCUGCUUGAACGUCUACAUGGUGGAAAUUCUGGAGACGAAAACUCUCAAAAUUCAGCAGAUAGUCGAAAGUACUCGCACACCAAUCACAAUCAUGUUGACGAAGAAAUCACUGUCGGCCCACAAGCGCAAUUCACUCUUCUGGAACAAUCGACUGAAUUAAAAAAAAAACAAACUGAUUCUGAACAAACAAACACAGAUAAAAUUCUUCAAGAAGAACAACGGAUUCUUGAAAAUGUGGUUGAAACGAAAGCUUUAAUGGGUGUUGCUGAAUUGGCCAAAGGCAUUGAGUAUACAGAACCUAUCAAAACAAGCUGGCGUCCCCCACGUGCAAUCAAAUCAAUGGAAAAUGAACGUCACCAAAGAGUACGAUCACGUUAUAAUAUUAUCGUAGAAGGAGAUGAUAUUCCAGCCCCACUGCAAACAUUCGAAAGCAUGAAAUUUCCUCCGGGCAUAUUGAAUGCGCUUGCGGAAAAAAAAAUUUCUCGUCCAACGCCAAUACAAAUGCAGGGACUUCCUGCUGUUUUAUCCGGACGAGAUCUAAUCGGUAUUGCUUAUACAGGAAGUGGUAAAACACUUGUGUUUGCUUUACCAAUCAUCAUGUUUUGUUGCGAACAAGAAUUAGCCAUGCCAUUCGUCAAAAAUGAAGGACCGUACGGUUUGAUUGUUUGUCCAUCGAGAGAAUUAGCUCGACAAACUCAGACAGUCAUCUCGAAUAUUUGUGAUCAUUUACAUCGUUCUGGUAUGCCAAAACUACGUAUAGCAACGUGUGUAGGUGGAACGGCUAUUAAAGAUCAACUAGAUACAAUUAAACAAGGUGUUCAUAUUGUUGUUGCUACACCUGGUCGUUUAAUGGAUAUGCUUGAUAAAAAGUUACUGUAUUUGGAUAUAUGUCGGUAUUUAUGUUUGGACGAAGCUGACCGUAUGAUCGAUUUGGGAUUUGAAGAAGAUGUGAGAAAUAUUAUUUCACAUUUCAAGACUCAACGUCAAACGUUAUUAUUUUCUGCUACAAUGCCGAAAAAAAUACAGAAUUUUGCUAAAAGUGCCCUAGUGAAACCAAUAACGAUUAAUGUUGGACGUGCAGGUGCUGCCAGUCUUGAAGUGAAACAAGAAAUCGAACACGUUAUGGCUGAAGCACGAGUUGUACAGUUGCUUUCAACAUUACAAAAGACUUCACCGCCAGUGCUAAUAUUUGCUCAGCGUAAACAAGAUGUGGAUGCCAUUCACGAGUAUCUAUUAUUGAAAGGCGUUGAAGCUGUUGCAAUUCAUGGCGGCAAAGCUCAAAGACGUUUUUUUAUGCCAUAUUUAGAUCAAGUCGAGCGAUUUUGGGCUGUAGAAAAAUUUGUUACAAAAGAAAAAGAUGUUCUCGUGGCAACAGAUGUAGCAUCGAAAGGACUUGAUUUUCCUGAUAUACAACAUGUUAUUAACUUUGAUUUACCGGAAGAUAUUGAAAAUUAUGUUCAUCGAAUCGGAAGAACCGGUCGAUGUGGAAAAGUUGGUUUAGCCACCACGUUUGUCAAUAGAACAUGUGAUGAACCAGGAUGUUCCUAUUGUAAUGGUCUUGGUCAUCGUAUUACAAAUUGUCCAAAACUUGAAUCGCAACAAAAUAAACAAGCCAAUAAUUUGAAAAAGAACGAUUUCUUGGCAAAAGGGCAUUCAGAUUGGUAA